UCAUAAAGAUUCCGCUAGAGAGCGCUGUGAUACUGUCUCCGGUCAUCCAAGAUGGCAGCGCUCAGUGGGAACGUGCAGGAAAACGUCUUGGAAUUUGUACAAGGACAGCAAGAUAGCGCCUUGCAGAGUGUCGCUAAAGCUGUGUUUGAUGGGGAAACCAGCCUGUUACAACUGGUGGAAAGUCUCGGGUCCUCCCUCACCAGUACUGAGGUGACAACCCGAGCAAGAGCCACCCAGCUGCUGGCAGAGGUACUGCACAGGUCGCCUAGCAACAGGCUGACAGAGAAAGAAGCUGAGGUGUUGUCUGCCUUCUUCUGUGAUCGACUGUUGGACCACCACUCAGUCCAGCCACAUGUACUACAUGGACUUUUGGCCCUGAGUGCAGCUCCACAGCUACCACAGGGAGAGGAAGUCAAGAUUGUACAGGUCAUCUUUAAGGAGGUGUAUGUCCAGUCCCUGGUGCAGACGGACAGAAGAGCCAUCUACAACAUCCUGGCGAACUUCCUGGACACCAGACUGGAAGCCCUGCAGGCCCUGGGUGCAGAUUUUGUCUGGGGGUUUAUCCAGGCCAUGGACGGAGAGAAGGACCCCAGAAACCUCAUCAUAGCCUUCAGCAUUGCCAGGAUCGUCGCACAGGCUUUUCCUAUUGGAACGUUCACAGAGGAGUUGUUCGAGGUCAUCUCCUGCUACUUUCCGAUUGACUUCACUCCGCCAGCUGAUGACCCCCAUGGUGUAACGAGGGAGGACCUGGUGCUGGGACUCAGGCAGGUGUUAGCUGCUACAAGCAAGUUUGCACAGUUCUGUGUGCCCAUGUUGCUGGAGAAGCUGUCCUCUGAUGUGACCAGUGCCAAACUGGACUCUCUCCAUACACUGGCAGCCUGUGCAGAGGUAUAUGGUGCAGACAGUAUGAAGUCUUUCCUGGACCUGCUGUUGUCUGCCAUCAGUAAGGAGGUGUACAGCUCCAUACACCAGGAUGUGGAGAACGCAGCCCUGGCCGGACUCACCGCUGUGGUAGCAACACUGUCACAUGCUGUCACAGAGACUCGGUCUGUGUUCUCCCUGCAUCACUUCUUGGACAGCCUCCUGAAGGGUUGUAAACACCACCUGUGUGAGCCUGAGCUGAAGCUGAUGUGGCCCAGCGCAAAGCUGCUCCAGGCAGCAGCACGAGCCUCCGACCCGGCAUGCGUCCACGUACUGGACACUGCUGUGCCCCUAUUGGUGGAGCAGUUUCAGGUCCACCCCUACCCCCAGCACCGUCACACCAUCCUGGAAGUCACCAUCGCGUUCAUCCACGUAGCUCACGCCUCUACCUCGGGAACCGACGCGCCCAAUCCCGUCGUCCCCCACAGCGACAACUUCCUCACCCUGUUCUACUCCGUUCUCGAAGACGCCGACGCGGGACUGCGGAGUAGCGGGGUCGGCGGGAUGGCAGCCAUGAUUGGCAUUACUGAUGUUGUAAAAGGGAAACAUUUAGAUUUGUGCGCAAAUCAUCUUGGCCGGCUAGUUCUUCAUGACGCAGAUCCCACGGUACAGCGUAGGAGCACUGAGGCACUCGCUGCCAUGGCAACGGCCCAUCCCGACGUAGUACGAGAGGAAGUUUUGUCCAAACUUCUCCAAGUGCUGGAGAACAACAACCCAAACGCCAUGGACACAAACCAGAGCGAGCAAGUAUGCGCCAAACAUGUGACAAAUCAGUACGUGUUGAACACUCUGGCAGCCGUCUCGACUCACCCCACCAUUGUAAGAUGUACAAUUCCCAAACUGUUGAGUCACCUCCAAGCUUUGAUAGAAAGUUGUCCAGACCAAGCCACACAGGAAGCCAUUGCUACGUUAGACUGUGUCUACAAAGUAGUAGAAAAAACUGUGAUCAACGACGCUAAUGUAGAAUAUUUUGUUGAUACGAUUGUACUAAAUCUUAUGUCCAUGGCUCUAUCUGCUGCUGUGAAUACGUCAGAUGAAAACCUACUCCACGAUACGUCACUUCUAGAAAUUGUAGCUAAGGUGUUGAGGGCUGUAGCUCGAAGCCUACCAAACAGUACAGGGAAGGGUAUUGUCAACAGUACUGUACAGGCCUUCCUUCAGGGCAACUUAGCCGCAAUCAGUCUUAACACGUCGGCAAGCUUCGAACCGCUAGACGUUUCCUCACCAUGGCAACAGACCCAAACAGUUCAGCUCCUCAGCGCUAUAGUGUGUAGUGUGGCACGAAACGUCGACAUUCCCUCUAUAAGUGAACUUGCCCAGAAGCUAUUGACGUUGUCUUGUGCAUCCGACCACGAGCCCACCUCCCUCGCAGCUGCAAAGUCCUUGUCUGGUGUGGUCAACAAGUGGGACCAAGGGGAACAGCUCCAGACAUUUCUACAAGAAACGAGAGAUUGUUUGGAACAAAUCUUGAGUAAGACUGAAGACGAGAAGGCAAGGUGUCGAGCUGUAGCUGUACUAGUCUGGUUGACCAAGGCCCUGGUGAUUCGAGGUCACCCCUCAGGUUCCCAGUUCACGAAGACGCUCAUGGCACUCUUCGAGGAUGAAGCAAUAGGGAGAAGGGCAGCUGAAGGUUUCUACGUCAUCCUCAGCGACUCUCCAGACGUCCUGUCUAAAGAAUCGCACGCCAACAUCCGCCUGAUGUACAAGCAGCGCUUCUUCAUGGAAAACCUCCCCGCCCUGGUGGACGGGUUCAACCAAGCGGACGACGGGAGGAAGCAGUCGUUCCUGUGCGCAGUCUCGCACCUCCUCACCUUCAUACCACGUCAAGUUCUCCUGGGCGCGCUCCCCCCUCUGGUUCCCCUCUUGGUACAGUCCCUGCUAGGCGAGGAUCCCAGUCUGCAAGUGUCAACCCUGGAGAUGUUUUCCAGCCUCGUCCAAGAAGCCCCCCAGGUGAUUUCAAAGAACAUAGACGCUCUCAUCCCACAGCUACUCGAGCUGUCGAAGAAUGGUCCGACCAUGAAGGUACGAAUGGCGGCCCUGAAAAGCGUAGGCAGCAUGACGAGCCUCCCUCACGCAGUCGUGUACCCGUACAGAAACAGGGUGGUGCGAGAGCUGGCCGUUGCAGUCGGGGACAAGAAGAGGAUGGUCAGGAAGGAGGCAGUGGCUGCAAGAGGAGAAUGGUUCCUGCUAGGAAGUCCUGGAGGAAAAUAACAACAUACUAGAAUAUGUUACCUCCUAAAUAUAGCAAAUCAUGACCUAAUAAAACUGUUCUGCAACUUAGAACAGGGAAAUUUUUUACUGUAUUGCUCAGUCCUCCUCAGCUAUCAGUG